AUGCUAAGAUCGAUUUAUGUAAUUGUUGUGGAAUGUUUUAUUGCUCUAUCAGUUAUUUAUAUUGUCAAGUUUGAGCAGGUCAAAUGCCAAAAGGAUAUUCUUCCCAUUGAUAAAAUAUUUCCAAAAAUAGCUAGCUACUCAAAAAAAAAAAAAAAAUAUCUCUUUAUACCAACCAGGCAUUCAACAAAAAUAAACAAUUUAUUCAAAAAAAAUACUAUUUUAGCAUUUAGAAAAAUAAACAAUAAUUCUAUAAUAAUAAAUAAUAAUACUGUCGAUUUUUUUAAGAAUAAUAAUAAUUUUACAGAAUUUUUUAACCUAAAUAAAUUUCGACUUUUUGAUAAUACCUUACAAAAUGAUGAAAAAGAAGAUAACCUAAAAGAUUUAAAUACAGCCUUAGACCCUAUUUUAAAAAAAAACCAAAAUGAUACAAACUUGGAAAAGAGAGAAAAAUGGAAAAAACACUUGGAAGAUAAACGACGCAAAGAAAUUUUAAAACAUAUAAAUAGUCUGACUAAAGAAAAAGCAAAUGUCAAGGGAAAAAAAAAAAAAAAACAUAUCAUAAACAAAAGGAAUACUAAACAAACUACUAUAGAAAAUGAUGCAGACAUUGAAAAAGAAAAAAGAAGUCACGAAGAUAUUGAAGAAGAAGAAGAAGAAGAAGACGACGACUAUUAUAAGGAUGAAGCAGAUAAUUAUUAUGAGGAAGAGGAAGAUGAUUAUUAUGAUGAAGCGGAUGAGGAGGACGAUGAAGAAUACGAAUACAGAGAUGAAGAAGAUGACUAUGAAGGUUAUCAAGAUGAAGAGGAUGAUGAAGAAGAUUUUUUCAAUCCUGAUAAACCAAAUGAAACUGAUAAUGUAAAAGAUAAUAAAGGUGGAGAAGAAAAUAAAUAUUAUAAACCACACCAAUAUAAUAUCCAUCCAAAUUCACCAAUAAAUAAUAAUAUUAAUAAUGCAUUUAUGCCAAAAAAAAAAAAUGAUUUCCCAUUAUUUUUUCCAACUAAUAAUAAACAUUUUGAAAAAUCGAAUAAUAAAUAUUUUGAUAAAAUAUGUAGUAUACCACCAAAUGAACUUAUAAAUUUAUUUUUUGAAAAUACACCAGAAAGAGUUAAAGAAGCUGUAAAAAAUAUUAUAUUUAAUAUAAUUGGUAAUAUUCAAAAAUAUGCAUUAGAUAUAUCUGUUUUAAUUACUUAUGAUAAAAUAUAUAAUUUCCUUUUACAAAUAAUUCUCACUGGUUAUAUGUUAAAAAAUGCUGAUUACCGAUUAAGUCUAAAUGAAUCUCUAUAUGACAAAAAUAAUCAAAACAAUCAAAAAGAUAUUUUUAACUUUAAAAAAUAUUUUAAUAAUAUUUUUACUGAUAAUUUUAAGCAACCUGGAGAGGCAUUAAAUUCAGCCGAACUAAUAAACACACAACCUGAUACUAUUACAAAUUAUGAUGAAGAAAAAAAAAAUGAAAUUAAUAUACAAGACGAAAACAACAACUUACAUAUGCCCAUAUAUGAAAAAAAUAUUAAUGCACAUGAAAAUAAUAAUUAUCUUUCUGAAAAUGAUAAUAAUUCAAAAAGUCAGCAUAAUAAAAAAAAUGAUGUUGGAGAAGAGUUUUAUACCAAAUUUAAGCAAGCCACUAAUGAAGACUUACCAAUAAUUAAUACGAAAAAUUAUAUUAUUUUUUUAAAAAAAAAAAUAAGUUCUUUAGAAAAUCAAUUGAAAGCAUUAAAAGAAAAUAAAAAUUUUCAAAAUGAUGACUUACUAUCAUAUAUCAAAUCUCUGACUGAUAUUCAAUUACGUUCACUAACUGAUAAUAUAGGAGCCGUUGUUUUGGAUGCAACAAAAAAAAUUGUUGAAUUAGUUAUACAAGGUAUGACAUUAAAUGUUAAUAAAAAUUUACCCAAUGAACUUAUAUAUACUAGUGGAUCAGUAUUAACAUACAUUUGCUUUUGGCAAUUGAUUGUUGGCUAUACAUUCAGAGAAAUGGAAAUAAGAGAUGAACUUGCAGAUUAUUUUAACACCCAUUAA